AAUUUCCUUUUUAAUUCGGUGAUCCGGUACAUGCACAUUAAAACCAUGACUGAUUUAAACAUAUAAACAAUGGUGAUUUGAAACCAUUUCAAUUAGUAAAACAGAGAAUUAAGCAAACAGAAUUUAGACUGAUGGGCACCGGAGCCUCUGUUGGGGAAAACUUACCAAAAGACAAGAAAACUGGCACAAACUUACGGGAACCAGAAGAGGAAGACGUGAAUGUUCCAGAUAUACCAAGGGAUGACAUAUAUCCAUCACCACACCCAAGUCUUAUAAAGAAGAAUGAUAUAUAUCAAUCCUGGAAGUACAGAGAUGUCGUUAACCAUGUCAUCAAGGCACCACCACGUUUGCAGCGAUCAUUUGAUGACCUGAUCGCAUAUUUGGCACAUCCUUUUCGACAUGAAAUGCAGAAACUUCGAGCCAUCUUUGUUUGGGUGUGUACACAACACAUUGACGGAAUGUCAUUCAAAGGAUUCACAGAUAAAAUGACAACACAAGACCAUGCAGUCACGCCUCUCGGAUACUUUAAAUUGAUUAAAUAUAAGAGAGCAUCAUAUGCCACAUUCCUGGCACUUCUUUGCAGGAAAGCUGGUAUCAAAUGUGUUGUUAUCAAAGGUAUCUCUAAGAGUAUGGGUUACAACGUGGGAGAUAAGGAUUUGUCGAAACUGAGAACAAAAUGGAAUGCAGUCUACAUCAAAGAUAGCUGGAGAUUGAUCCAUCCAUUAUGGGCAUGUAAGUCUGUCAUAGGCAAGGCAGAUUAUAACUCGUGGACAGCAUUUUCUGAAAAUGAAGAAGAAAAUGUAGAAGGUUGGACCGUUCAGAAAAUUAAUGAUUUCUUCUUUCUGACAGAUCCAUUGGAUUUCAUACAUUUCUGUUUUCCUGAUGAUCCUGGAUGGCAACUUCUUGCCAACCAGUUCACUUCAAAAAGAUAUAUCCAAUUACCAUUCGUACAAGAAGCAUAUUUUAGAAUGGGAUUUCGUUUACUUACACAACAUUCCUGUAUCUUAAAGUCAAUGAAUGGACAGAUUGAAGUAGUGAUUCGUAUACCAGAAAAAGAGAAAGUACAAAUGAACUUUGAGCUUUUAUACAGUAAGAAAAACGUUACAAACAUUGAAGGCGAUCGGUAUAAAUUAGAUCGAUUUGUCAUUAUGAGCAAUGAUGGCAAGAGAUACUCAUUUCUAGUAAGAUUUCCACAUGAGGGUAUUUACAAAUUUUCAGUGUUCGGUGGAGGACUCAGACACUCAGUUAUACCAUGGUUAGCCGACUUCCAGCUUAAAUGUGAUAAAACUAGACUGAAUGCCCAACCAAUACCCGUUGCACCAUGGAUCGGCUUCGGUGUGACGUAUGCCUUUGAUGACUGUGGUUUGGCGAACCCAACCGAAAGAAAUGGUGUUUUGUACAUGAAAGUGUUUCACGACACUGUCUUGUCAUUUGACGUCACUCGUCCAAUUCAAAUCGAGAUGAAACUCAAACAUAAUACUCUGAAGCAAAGAGAGCUUGAACAUAGAAUAACAUGGAAGAAGUCUCCGUCUCGCUUUGACGUUUUCGUGAAGAUCCCACAGGCUGGAGAUUAUGUGAUUAGAAUAUUCAUAAGAGACAAAGGAUCUAGAGGGAAAUACAGGAACUGUAUCAAUUAUCUGGUUACCACUGACGAACCCAUCUACAAAACUAGAAAAGGCUACGAGGAUGCAGCAGAAAGAAAUUUACGAAACACAGUUAAGGAUGUAACUAGUCAAAGAGACAUCAACCGUUUGAAAGAUACGAUUAUCAAAUUUAAAAAGGCUGGACUUGAUGACAAGGGAGAAUACACAAAAGCCAGCGUGAGACUUGAGCUAUUGGAGGUCAAACAAGGUUUAUUAGAUGGAAUAAACGCAAGAAAUAAGGCUUUGUUGAUAAAAUCUAUUCAAAAUGCCAAAGAUGGCGGCUACAGUAAAAAGUUGGCCAAGCUGAUUCAACAAGCUGAAGAAACAUUAGAAGAAAUACAAAAGCUUGGAUUGCAUCCUAUUCCAAAUAUCAACAAGAAAAUUAUAUCUGAGCUGGUAUCUUACAAAGUCCCUCACCAAAUUGUCUAUGACAUGUCCUAUGCAACUUUCAUACUUCUUGGAGAAAAGGAAGAUAAUAUAAAGGAGUGGGACUACAUGAAAGGUCUGAUGAAGAAGACGGGUCGUGAUAACAUAAUGAAUCGUUUUAAGAACUUCAGACUUGACGACGUGCCCACAAGAGAAAUUGGAAUUGCACAGAAAUUGGUAGUAGACUACGAUGAAUCUCAAAUUAGACAAAUCAGCAUUGGCGCCACAUCUUUAUUCAACUGGCUUAUAGAAAUUCUGCAAGUUAAAUACGCAGGAAGUCCAACAGAGAGGAGCAACAAUAUAGGAUACCAACGUUGAAGGAUGUUAAAAACCAACAGAAACAAUAUAUAAUACAACAGAGACAAUCAUUAUUGAUGACGAUUAGAUAUUUAGAUAUUCAAUAUGUGAAAUUAAAAUCUUAAUUCAGGUUAUUUUUUUACUGCAAAGCUUGACCUUUAGUGGCUACCUUAUAAAUUUGUUAAUAAAAUGUGAAACAAUCAUUGCAUUAACUUGUAUGGAAUAUUGAAUUUGUGAAAUACAAAAAAUAGAAGUCUCG